AUGACUGAUGACGCAUAUGCUGAGCUGAAAAAGUCUCUCCACAUCAUGUCUCUCAUUGUUUACUGCCUGGCCUUCGUUCUCGGUGUGUUCGGCAAUGGAGUGGUUAUCUGGGACGGGUUGAAGAUGAAGAAAACAGUUAACACAGUUUGGUUCCUCAACCUUGCGGCCGACUUCCUCUUCACAGCAUUCCUGCCCCUGGGUGUGACCUACCUGGCUUUGGAUUUCCACUGGCCUUUCGGCAACUUCAUGUGCAAACUGAACAGCACUAUAAGUCGUCUAAACAUGUUUGCCAGUGUCUACAUCCUGGUGGUGAUCAGUGUGGACAGAUGUGUGUCUGUGGUGUGGCCCGUCUGGGCCCAGAACCACCGAAGUGUACGCAAGGCAUCCUGUGUGAGUCUGGGUGUUUGGGUACUGGCUCUGAUUCUCAGCACUCCAUACUUCGUCUUCAGGGACACUACACCAUCAUAUAAAGGCCCAAUCUUCUGCUUCACAAACUAUGCUCUUUCAGAUGAUCGUAAGACACCUUCUGUGAUUCAGCUGCGAAUGUUUCGUCAACAGGUCAUGACCAUCACCCGCUUCUUCCUGGCAUUUGUUAUCCCCUUCACCGUCAUUGUGUCCUCCUAUGCUUUGAUAAUCCAUCGUCUCAUAAGGAACCGCACCCUGGCCAGCCAGUCAAGUCGCCCCUUUAAGAUCAUUGCUGCCGUUAUCACCACAUUUUUCCUGUGCUGGGCUCCCUUUCACAUCAUUGAUCUAAUUGAGAUGGUAAAGCACACGGCAAAUCAUUCAAGUGGAACAUUGUGCCAUGUCAUUGUUAUCGGUGUCCCUAUUACCACCAGCCUGGCCUUUCUCAACAGUUGCCUGAACCCGCUGCUGUAUGUGUUCAUGGGCCAAGAUUUCAAGGAUAAAGUCCGCAAAUCCAUCCUGAAUGUAUUGGAAACAGCCUUCCAGGAAGAGGAGACACGCUCUCACACUGCCACAAACUCAGUGGACACCAGUCAGAUCAAUGACAAAUCAACUCUUAAUACUGAAGUAUAG